AUGCGGGCUUCGUGGUGGAUCGGAGUCUGGGCCUCAUUCCUCCCCUCCGUACUCUCGAUCGAAACGGCACCCUUUUCAGCCCCAGAGACUAUCGAGUCCAACAAACGAGCCUUCGAAGUCCUCCAGAUCCUUAGGCGAGCCGAUAACAACUGCCCUACGGGAUACAAUCCCUGCACCAGUCUAGGCAACUCAAACGCCUGCUGCAAGCAAGGCACAAACUGCUCGCGCGAUGCCGCCAACAACAUCGCCUGCUGUCCGACCGGUGCCAGCUGUACGGGCAGUCUAACGGGAGCAUCAACAGCCAUGUCCACCGGCACCAGCUUCAUGUUUCCUCAGGGUGCGACCGCAACGACGACGACAUCCACUGCUGAUUCGAGCGCUGCUUCAAUCACCGGCUCUACAAUCUCGGGGGCAUACCCGUUCGUUUACGUGCCGACAGCCUUUUCUAAUGCCGCCACCUGCUCGUCAUACUACUCGCUCUGCCAGUCUGAAUAUUCUCAAUGUACAGCCCAGCUGAUGGGACGAUAUGCAGUGACGGUCGGCGGAGCGGGCGGGGCAGGCGUGACGGUGGAAGCCGCGACCGCAACGUCGCAGGCUACGUCUAUCUGCUCGAGUCUGAGCCAGGCAGCCUGUCACGGUCUUCAGUUGAGUUACUGUGCAACCGCAGCGGCGGCCACGGCCCAUGCUGCCAGUGGGAAUGGGGCGGCGGCGCUGGUGCGGACGACAAGUCUCCAUGACUUGAUAUUAGGCUUGAUGGUGGGCAUUGCGGGUGUGUUUAUUUGA